UACCUACUCACUGGUCCACCAGACCCUCUCAAGUGGCUAACAAGGAUGCAAAGAUCAUGACUCAGGACAGGAUUGAGAUUAUCCAUCAUUCCCUGCACCACAUCAACAAGAUCUACAGCAUGAAUCUGGGUUCAGUACCAUGGGCCUGGGACAAGGUGGAAAACUUUUGUCUCCUCCUGGAGCAACAGCUGAGAGAGUUGCAAGACUGUCUGAGGAAACCAGGAUCUGACCACAAGUUGAAGAGAAAUGCUGCCAUUCAACAUUACUUUGGGAAACUGGAAAAGUUUCUCAAACACAAGAAAUUCAGCGAAUGUUCCUGGGAAAUCAUCCGUGCUGAGACCAGAGCCCAUUUACAACAGUUGCUUUUCAUUAUGGGACAAGCCAGCAAAAGAAACUGAAAAGUACAUAUUUACUACACACCAGAACAAUGAAUAUUUAUUUCAAAGACUUUCCAUUGAAACUAUUUAUUUCUGCUUGGAAGAAAUGUUGUGUCACAAACGUACAAUGAGAAUGUUAGUCGGACUAUUUAUUCCAGUUCACUGUUAUUUAUUGUUGUGAUAUUUUCUUUUGAUGCAAUGUUAAAGAUUCAUUGUGUGUGCAGUCUGUUUUGGAAUGUCAGACAGUCAAAGACAUGUACUUGCACUACAGCGAAGUCUCAAUCAUAUUGACCUUGGCACUUAUGAAUUUGUAUUUGCCAAUCUUGGAAACCAUGUCAGUUAUUUUCAUUUGUGUACAUUUAUUGGCAUGAUGUCUUAAUUUAUUGAAAUGGUACUGUUUUAUAGGAUGUGUUAUUUAACUUAAAGAUGUUAAUUUAAUACUAUUUAUUAUACGUUGGGAAGUAUGCUAUUUUGUCAACUGUGAAAUUUUAUACUGAGUAACGGCUCAAUAAUAUAAAUAAAAUUGUUUUAACAAUAUUACACAUUUUCAUGAAUUUGCAUUUAUUUUUGAUUUCUGUCAUUUAACCUUCUGACACUGAGUAUAAAUGCAGUGGGUAUUUCUGUCUGAAGCCUGUUACUCCUAGUCCUCCUCAUCUCCAACAUCAAUUUUGCUCUAUCAAAUUGUCCUUACUCCUCAGAUCCACAAAUCCAUUUUAAACUACACUAUCCCAUGGUCAUCUGUAAGACUCCAACCCUCCAUUUCCCUCAGACUCCAUUCCCUCCCCAACCCAACUCCGAUCGCAUAUUCACUAUUCCUCCUUACCCACCACUCUCCGAUGCUGAACACACUGUACUCAGCAAAGGUCACAGUUUUUUACCAUUAUGUUCCCACCUUAAUGAAUUUCCAACAUUUCCAGUACACUCAGUAAGAUGUCACCAUCAGACUCAUAUUUUCCCCUCCACUUGUCAGCAUACUGUGGCCUCCAUUCCCUCAAGAACCCCUCAAACACCUCUUUCUUCACUCCCAACACUGUGUCCUCCACAACCCCAUGGUACCUACCCCUGCAACUGCAGAUGGUGUAGCAACUGCCCAUUUGACCCCUCCCUCCUCAGUAUUCAAGGACCCAAGGAUGCCUUCCAAGUAAAGCAGUACUUUAACUGCAUCUCACACAAUCUAGUCUACUGCAUUCACUACUCACAAUGUGCUCUACUCUACACAGGAGAAACAAAGUCUAGACUGGGUGACUGCUUCGCAGAACAUCUGUUUUCUGACUACAAAAAAGAC